AUGGAUUUACUUCGUGUUUCUGAACCAGGGCUCCUAUGGCUGCCGUUGUGCAUUUCUUUGACAUCUCCAUCUACAUCAAGGAAAGGUGAUCCAGGGAAGACUCGAAUCUCAUAUUUCCCCAUAGACGGCAGUGACUGUCCUUUUUUCUGUUCGGUGCUGACUGCUCUGAAUGCAGCCGACUUCGUCCAUGGCGCUGGUUCGCUUCUCGCCAAAAACAGAAAGGGACAGCAACAGACGAUCACGAACGAGCCUGUGCCGAAGAAAAGGCGUGACCACUGA